ACCUGGAAACAAUAAUAUUAAUCGAUAGAGAGGAAACGUUUAAGAGACGAAGACCGACACACACGACAUUACAGCUCCUUCCUCUACUCCUUCACCUAUCGAUCCUAUUUUUUUCUACGCUUUAAUAAUUUUGUAAUUUUUCGACUUAUUUUCCUCCUAAUUUCUUCGUCGCUCGCAAAAUUCAGUUCCUUGAUGAUCUGUAUAUGCCGACGAAGAACAUAAAGAUUAAAGGGCGAAGCUUGAUUUGGUUAUACUAAUGGAGGGCCCCCAUAAACUGAAUUCUGACGUUGAGGCGGAGGAUUUGGCUUCUAGGGUUUCGGAUUUUUCACUUCGCGGCGACACCUCCCACUCGAAUUUCCAUUCUCCGCUGAAUGAUGGAGUUGUUAAUCAUGGAGAGCGGAAGCGUAACGAUGAUCAAAUAAUGACAGAAUCUAGAGAAUGUGAUGCUGGGAAUCACGGGAACGAGAAUGGGGAGCAAAAGAAAUACUUUUGUUAUGAUGCUCCCGUUUCUGAAGAAACCGGGGUUUGGAUACCUGUUUCUGUUCCACCUAUGUGGGAAGCUGAGCAUGAUGGGUGGGGCAAAGGUUUCUACUCUAAUGGAGGAUACUUGCCUGAGAGUGACAUGGGUUGGGGCCAGUAUAUUGGGGAUGAAAAGGAGCUGACUAUGUGGGAUGUGAUGGUAGAAAUGUUGCUUGCAGCCCGUGGGAAAGUAAGUUCAUUAGCUUCAGCUGAUACAUACGGAUGUAAACUUUCGUGGAUGUCUGAUAAUCUCCUUAAUCAAGCAUGGAAAGAAAUGGCCCAAACACUCACUGAUGCAAAUUUUGCUAAUGUAAGAGAACUCAUUGAAGCUGAUCCCCCAAAAUGGUUGGCCAAUAGUUCUGCUUCUGCUUGUAUGCUGUGUGGUGUGCAUUUUCAUCCAAUCAUGUGUUCUAGGCAUCACUGUCGGUUCUGUGGAGGAAUAUUUUGUGGUGACUGCUCUAAGGGAAGGAGUUUGAUGCCGGCUAAGUUUCGUGUUGCAGAUCCCCAACGAGUCUGUGAUGUAUGCUGUGUACGACUAGAGUCUGUCCAGCCGUACUUAAUGGACCAAGUAAGCCAUGCAGCCCAGGUGCCAACCCAAGAUCUUACAGAUCUUAGUACUUUGAGGUCAUGGGUUAAUAUUCCUUGGGGACAGUCCAUGGAGUAUGAGAUAUACAAGGCGGCAAAUGCAAUUCGUGCUUAUAAGAAGGUGUGUUCACUAAGGCCUGAGAAGUCAAUUCCAGAUACCAUUCUGAGACAAGCAAAAGGCCUUGCAAUAAUCACUGCUGUGAAAGUUGGAGCUAUGGUUACCUACCAUAUCGGUACAGGAGUUGUGAUUGCUCGUAGAGAAGAUGGCUCCUGGUCUCCACCAUCUGCUGUUUCUACAUUUGGUUUAGGCUGGGGAGCUCAGGCUGGAGGGGAGGUGACAGACUUCAUCAUUAUUUUGAGAACAAGUGAAGCUGUAAAGACAUUUAGCGGUAAUGUGCAUCUAUCAGUUGGAGCUGGCUUGAGUGCUGCAAUUGGCAUUGUUGGAAGGGCAGUUGAAGCUGAUCUUCGAGCCGGUGAUGGUGGUUACACUGCUUGUUAUACAUACAGCUGCAGUAAAGGUGCAUUUGUUGGAUGCUCACUUGAAGGUAGCAUUGUAACCACCCGCACGAAAGUGAAUUCUCGAUUUUAUGGCAGCCAGUCAAUAACUGCAUCAGAAGUUCUUCUUGGCUCGUUGCCUCAACCCCCUGCUGCUUCUACGCUCUAUCGUGCUCUUACAGAUCUAUAUCAGAAGAUCGAGCAGUGUCCCCAAAUCGUUCACUGAAGAUUUCUAGGCGAUCAUGAGGAAACAAAUCGUUGAAGUUUGUACAUUCUAUGCAUAUAUGCCUUGAAGCUUUUCAGUUGUGAAGGUUCGUUGCUGCCAUUCUUUGCCCAUGAAAUUUUUUUUUCUGGGACUUAUCGUGUACAUGGAGACCACCGCGGGGGAAAGGGGAAAAUGUACCUUAUUGGAGCCACUGUAUAUAAUCAUUCCUUGUCGUUUUCUAUCUGUAAAUUAUACAUUUAUUCUGGAGAAAGCCAGAAACUUACUGAAAAAGUAUUUCUUAAGAAAUCAGAAAAGUUGGUAUUUUGUUGUCGCUGA